AUUCUUCAAAUAAUGUUCCUUCAAAUAAAAAAUCCUCCUCAACUAAACAUUCGACUCAGAAAUCAACUCAACAAACAACUCAAAAAACAUCUCAAAAAACAUCUCAAAAAACAUCUCAGAAAUCAUCUCAGAAAUCAUCUCAACAAUCAUCUCAACAAUCAUCUCAACAAUCAACUGUUAAGGACCCUCCAAAUCCGUUAGUUCAAACUUUACCUAAAAAUAGUUCUCCUUGGAUAUAUUUAUUUGCGACUAAUCGUUCAGGUGUUCCUAAAAUAAGUCAGAAUUUAAAUAAUAAAUUAAUCACUAAUGGUGAUGAGCUUUCUCAACCUACCCCUCCGGAGAUGACUACAAUAUCAAAAGUUUCAAAUGAUAUAGAUAAAAAAGGUCCUAUAUCUCCUUCUCCUUCGGUUUCUCCUAAAUUAAAACCUUCAAUAGUUAAACCUGCUCCUGUUAGCAUCGUUUUACCAAAGUUUGACGAUUUUAUUAGAAAAAAACCUGUAAAACGUCCUGAUGCUCCUGUUCAAAAGGCUCUUCACGCUAUAAACUCUUAUUUAUUUCCACCUGACAAACCUAUUGAUGGUGUUUUACCAAAAUGGUUAGAUGAAAUUACAAGAUCAACUAUUGAUGUUAAAAGAAUCGCUAUCAUCGGU